AUGGCCUCGACCUAUGAUCUUGUGAAUUAUGACUCUGACGAGGAGAGAGAGAAGUAUCCCCGAAUCCCCGGCUCCAAUCUCGCUUCUGCUGCUUUCUUUAUGGCUGGGCUGUUGGACCGAGCUGGGAUUUCUUAUGGGCUGAUGGGUGGUCUUGCGGUCUCAUACUUGGGAGGUAAACGUGAGACCAGAGACGUUGAUAUGGCCUUUCAAGCACCUGGAAAGAUGCGAGACUUGUGGAGAAUUGUGGAGGCCGAACCGCGUUUGAUCAUUCCGAACACCAGAUUGAUCAGUAAUAUUUUGAAGGUAUUCGUCCGCACUGGCCCGGGUUACGACAACUGCGUGAUGGCAUUGCCUGUAGAGGUUGACCUUAUCGAAAGUGGAUAUCAAAAUAGCCCACGGGAGCUUUCGGAGAACAGAAGACAAGUUUCUCUCAACACUAGAGCUGGAGUGCGGACGAUCUACGUAAUUGAGCUCCUUUUCCUCCUGAGAGGUAAAAUGGCGGCCUUUGCUGCUCGCAAAAGACGUGGUGAUAUGGAAGAUAUUCAACAUAUAGUGUUGGCCUACAGAUCAGAGGUUCGAGCGGUUGUUCAUCGUUUAGAUCCAGAGACCGUCACUGCUUUCCUUGAAAGUGUGUCUCCCGCGAACCUUCCCCGCUGGAGGGCAUUUUUUGGGCGUUGA